CAAGCCAUCCCCAUUGCAGAUAGCCCAAGCCCUUCAUUGAACAGUAGCCGAGUGCUACUCCAGCGAUGCCGGUGCUAUUGCGCGCCACAGGCGCCGGUAGGCGCCCGUCCAAUACGCAUCAGCAUCCGCCAAAUCUGCUUCGGCCGACGUCACAGCAGAGGCCAACGAGUACUGUACAACCAGGCGCUGCAGGAGCUGAGACACGAAGUGUAGGACGUCGAACUUCUCAAGCAUCAGCUCCAAGCGUACAAACGGGUACCACAGUUUUUCAUCCGGAAUCAAAACAAAUUACUACUACACCUCAGUCAGCGCCAUCUCAAUAUCUUCAACUAAUUCGAACAUUGUACAAACGUUAUCAUAUAAGAUACUUGUUCCCGUUGAUUUUUAUUAUGUUCUAUAUGGUCGUCGGUUCUGUGAUAUUCUAUUUACUCGAAUCUUCUACUGAUCAAAAUUCCAGGAAUGAACAUUAUCAAGUCUACAUUCGUGAACGAGAACUACUACGACGGCGGAUGGACGAAAUACUUAGCGAUCGAGCGGCGAGACGACGUGAUAUACGAAGGAAAUUUAUUGAUGACGCAGUCGAAUACUUUGAAGAUCAAGUGGGAUUCUCGGUCAGCAAUGAAUCGCAGUGGAAUUUGAUGUCAGCUAUGUACUAUUCUGGCACACUCUUUACAACUAUAGGUUAUGGCGACAUCGCAUGCGUUACGGUAGCUGGACGGAUUCUAACCGUAAUCUACUCAUGUAUUGGUAUACCACUGAUGCUCAUCACGCUGAAUGAUCUUGGAAAAUUCUUGUAUAACAACAUAAAUGGAUGUGUCAAGAACAUCGAGGAUUUCGGCACGUACUUAGGUGUGCUUCGAUUGUGUGGAACAAAGGAAAAGAAGAUCGAUAAUGUGGAUAUGCUAGAGCGAGGGGAAACCGCUCUAGAUGUUUCUUCAUUGGCUUCCGAAUUUGGAAGCCUUCCUUCCAUUGGCGAUAUUGAAGAAGAUGAAGAAAUAAAACAGCCCAGGAUGAGUGUCAAGGUUGCCCUUGGUAUAACUAUUGGCUGGAUAUUCUUUUGCUCUGGACUUUUUCGACUUUGGGAGGACUGGAGUUAUGGUGAAAGCUGUUAUUUCAUGUUUAUAAGUUUGUCUACAAUCGGUCUGGGUGAUAUAUCUGUCGCUAGGAGAGAUAUGAUGGUGCUUUGCUUCGUGUUUGUAAUCAUUGGUCUUUCGCUGGUCAGUAUGAGUAUAAACGUAGUGCAGGUAGCCCUAGAGGACUUCUAUGUCAACUUAAUGAUGAAAGUUAUUAUUGAGUAUCAACAAAAAAUGGAAGCUGGUGGUGACCAAAUGGGCGCAUCGGUCGGUAUGAUGCGAAUGUGGAGCGGCAAUAAAACAGCCAAAUACUUGAUGCCACUUCUGAGCAAGGAAAAGAAACGCUGCGCAAUGGAAAAAGUUGAGCAAGAAGCGCAGUCAAAGGGUAUAGAAGUACCUGCUAUUCUGACAGAUUUGGAUGAGAAAACAGGUAUGCCAAAGCUCUUCAACAUCGAAGAGAAGGCGGAGAAUGAAGAGCCUCCACCUGAGCUGGAGCAAAUGGUUCAGAAACAGAUAGAAGCGGAAGAAGCUAAUGAAAUUCCUAUUAUCAUGUGCCACGAGGUGGAGUGCCAAACGGAGACGCGGGAGACUUCGGAUAAAACUGAGCAAACCAUCGAAAUAGUGCUGGAAGAUGAAAGCUGCCAAGCUGAGGAACAGAAAGUUUACGGCCAAGAAAUGGAGACCCAGACAGAGACCGUUGAAGGAUAUAAUGCAGAAGCGCAGACGAUUAUUGUAGAGACAGCUGAUGAAGAAGUGCUAACACUAGUGUCACCAACAGCGGACUCUCUCUGUCAAACUGAAUCCUCGCCGACCAUGGACCAAAUAUCGCAAACUACACAGACAGAUCUGGUCGACGUCGAUACGAACACGGAGCUAGAGACAAAGAAUGCCCGCAUUCAGACUCCAUCUCCAAAGAUUGAACAGAGAACUAUUCAGACAGAAGAUUUAGAACGAAAAUCACCGUCGAAAAUGUCGUCAGCAAAGAAGCGAAUUCGACGCGCCUUUGCAAAGUCAAAGCCAGCCAAAUCCGUCGUAACAGAUACCCCUUCCAUGAGCGAAUGGAAGGAAGCCAGCGAAGAAGAAACUGUGGAAGAGGAAGAAGACGUGUCGGAAGAAUCGCUGCACUGGAAUCCCGUUGAUGGCCUACAUGCAGAAAAACAAUUGCCAGUAGCGAAACUAGCACAGAUGUUUGAUCGAAGUAUCACACCAGAACGAGGGAAAAGCAAGCGGAAAUCGCUGUCAUCGUUCAGAAAUCAGAGGCGCUCGCGGACGCGACAAAGCUCACACUGA